AAACACUUGCUAGCUCGCACACACUGAACAGACACGUUACAGGCAAGCAGUUUCAUAUCUGCAAAGGGACAACAGUGCUGUGGAUGUGUAAUUAAUAACAGUUUGUGGACACCAAUCCCUGAUAUUAUUCAUCCGUUUCAUUAAUAUAUCCUGAUAUUAACCUCUAAAGAUGUGUUUUAUGGAUACAAGAAGACGCAGGUGUUUGGGUAAAACUAGUGAUCAUCCUAUUCGUAGCAAUACAAAGUCCCCCUUCCUUCUGCCAAGAAAUCCUCAAAGAAUAAACAAACUAUGAUGGCCAGCAAGCGAACUCUAGGCUAUGUGGACCCUCUGGUCCUCAGCAAGGUCCCCCGUCUGGAGACAAGAGCUGACCAUGGGAUAGCUGCCGGCUUGUGCAAUCCUGGAACUUUGCGUGGUUACCCUCCUGAAUACGGUGGGACCUACUUCACCUACUGCCUAAAAGGCCAAGAUGGAGCUGACCUUCCUUUGCAAUGGAGUCCUCCAGGGGCUUACCUGCAGAAUGGAAGGAACUCCAUUGUUCACCCCUUGGCUGCUGAGAGGCCUCUUACCAACGGACUAGUAUUCAGGUCAGAGCCGGAGAUUGUUGGCCAGGCAUUCCAUAUUGAGAAGAGUUCACCUGUUUUGGUUCAAGACCGAAUUGCAAAUGAGAAAUGGGCAGAUUUUGUUGGAAGGCACGAGAACCUUACACACAGUCCCAAUGCCCCUGGACUCCAUGCUCCAAUGGCUGUAAGGAAAUUGGCCACUGGGACCCCACAAUCUGAGCAUUCUGCAGUUCUAGCUGUCCCAAAGCCUGUCUACAGCAGCAGGGUUUGCUGCACAGACCCUGGGUGCAAAUCCAGAAUGUGCUUCAACAUAGAUUCUGGGGCUGACCGGGUUCCCGGGAGACCUUACGAGGGCGAAUGGAGAUCGGGGUCGGGUCUCUGCUUUGCACGUCUGUCGCCCAUGGAAAAGAGGAAUGGCUUGUUUGAACCAGGGGUUCUCCAGCUGGAGCAGAGCAGUGGCAGCAGACCACAUCCCAAGGAUGUUGGUCAUGGAGGUUACCCAAGUUCUAGGCAGCCAGGGGCAAUGAAGCUGCCCACUUUUGCAGAGCGAGACUAUAACAGCCUGCCAUAUGAUGGCCCCUCGCGACCUUUGCCCAUUCCCCCCACCAAGAGUUAUAGCAGCAUACAGCCUGAUUCCAAAGUCUGUCAUGACAUGUCACUGUCGCCUCCAAAGAACUACCAUGAAAUGCAGAGGGUGACAGUCUCUCACUCACACAUGCCUCCCCCAGUCUGCCAACCGAGAUCUCUUGUUUCCAAGUACCCCCAGCUGCAUCAGAGGCAACUGUAUCUCUUUCCGCAGGGAGGUCUGGACAUUGAGAAAGCUGCAAGCUACAAAGAUUUGGGACUGCAGCUUAUGGGGGAUGCUCCUCCCAACCAGCCCAGUGUAAGAAACGCCUAUCCUGCAGCCUCAGAGCAAUAUCAUUUUCACACACCCCCACCUCCAUAUAGCGCAGUUUCAAUGCCCUAUUCAGUGGUUUCAGCAGGUGUUCGGAGUGCACCAUCACAAAGGGACUAUGAACUUCCUUAUUCAGGAUACAAAGUGCCGCUAAGCCCAGGGCAUAAGGGGAGUCUUUCUGAACGAUGUGGCACACACAUUCAAAUGGAUUUAGCUGAUCUUACUGUGGAUUGCACUUCCCAAAAUCUCCAGGUAAUGCCACCACACAAUGAUCUUGUCAGGUACCGGCCAGCAACCAGUGCAUUCCAACCUUUUCGUACAUCUUACAGGCUUGAAAAUCCAGCGCAUAUUGUCCUGAAGGAUGCUUCUGUAGCACGGUCGUCCUUGCAAGAAAAAACAUCAAAUAAUCUCCUGGAAGAUCCAUCUUCCUGCCGAAUUGGCUUUCACAAGGAAAAGAGUAUUGCUGCAGUGGGGAAAUAUAGAGGGGUCGUAGCAGAGCAUGGAGGCCAGAAGACUAAUAAUAAUAAUAAUAAUAACAAUAAUAAUAACAAUAAUUCUAAUAGUAAUAAUAAUCAUAACAAACAUAAUUACAAACUAAGUUGUAAAGGGGGUGCAGGCAGUCCAAUUUUAAUUGACUCGCCCCCCAGAAGGGAACAAGAUAACAGCAGUGACCUCUAUGAAGUCACAGUCUCCAACAUGAGAAACGAAGAAAAAAGGUCUGGGAAGGAAGACCAGAAAGCACAAGAUAGUGACAAUACAGAUAUAUCUCACUCUCCCUCCUCCCCCCUCAUGCCUGUUAUCAAUAACGUAUUUAGCUUGGCUCCAUACAAGGACUACCUGGAAGCAUCAGGAAUAUUGCCUUUUCCAGAUGGUGAAAAAGAGGAAUCCUCUCCAUGUUCAAGGCAAAAAACCGAAAGGCAAGCAAGUGAAAGUUACUCAAAACAGGAAACUGAGAGGCCUGCUUUUAGGUCGUCCCCAAUAACUGGUAGUGAAGACUCAUGCAAAAGAGAGACAGAGGCCAAAAAUGAGGCUGCCGAGUGGAGAAAGAGAGAGAGCAAACAAACAGUCUGUGAUACCAGGCAGCCAGCAGCCCACUUUGAUUUAAAGGCUGACAAAAGCAACUUAAUGCAGCUAAACCUGGAUGGCCAUGUGGUGGAGGGAGAAAUGGUUGGUGGUGUCAGGAUGAAUAGUCAGGAUACUGUGCUGGAUCUCAGUGUCAAAAAACCUGGCAGCCAGAGCAAACCUUUAGCAGACAACAUUAGUGACUACAAAACCGUGGAUAGAGCAAUCGUCCAUGAGAAGAGGGAGACACUAUUUAACUUGGAACGAAUUGAAAAGAGAGAUUUCCAAACUUUAGUUUCGACUUGCACAUCUGAGAGCCCAGUGAGCAGCAGUACAGCCACUUUCAUGCACAAAAAAUUCCAAGUCCUUAAACCAGCCCCCACAAAGGUGGUUGUGACUCCACCUCCGGUGCAGAAUACGAACAAUAAACUGUCACCAACUGUCGAAAAACACCUUUCUGUCCAGUCCCUUAAGCUGCCCACUUUCAAGCUCAUCCUACCAGAUAUUAUAAAAACGGUUUCCCCUCGUGCACCGGAGGUGUCCCCUUCCUUGAGUGAGACCGACAGCAGUGUAAAGACAAACAAGCAUUCUCACCGAUAUUUUAUGGAACUCCACCAGUCCCUCAACAGAUUGAUUGCCAACUCCAUAUCCCACACUCCUGAGGAAGAACUGAAAGACCUACUGGCCAAAAUGGAGGAGGACCAUGAAUCAAAAUCCUUACCAUCCAAGACGAAGAACAUCUCCCGUAUUCUGGAGGUCCUCAAAGCCCCCCGGGGUAAGGAAGUGUGGUUAAAGUCUGGGGAGAUCGCAUCAGCCCUCAGCUGCAUCUUGUCCCAACUGGAGAUCUACCUUUACACAAAGAACUGCCCCUUCCCCCAUGUGAUUCGGGCAGGGACGAUUUUCAUCCCCAUGGUGGUGGUGAAGGAGACGCUGUUCCCACAGCUCCAGGGCUGCUCCAUCGACCAGGUCCUGCAGGAGCACCGUGUGGAGCUUCGGCCCACCACCCUCUCCGAGGAAAGGCUGCUUACUCAGCUGCAGCAGCGAUGCUGCUCCUCCAAACUGAGGAGGCUACUCUCCCUCAAGCAGCUUCCCACCAUCUACCCUGACUUGCUCAGCCUGUACUACCACGACUGUCUCCACAAACACUUAGGUGCAGAAUUCCACAGUGGAUUGAAGGAAGAGUGGGGAAAACCUCCAGCAGAAAACACGUUUGACCAAACAAUGAAGAGAGAGCAUUCACAAACUGUGCAUCAACUGCCUAACAAGAUAACCCCAAGGGGAUUAAAGAGCAGAGAGAGAGGAAAUAUUCACUUCAAAAGGAAAAAGGGCAGAAGAAAAAAUGGCUUAAACAGAACUUUUGUGGGGCAGGGAAAUGGGCUUGAUUUGAAUAAGGAGGUGAAGAGUGAUCCUGAAAACUCGACCAAUGCAGAAGAGUCUUGUCACAAGUGGGACAAGUCAGAAAUGUUAGAGGUCAAAUUUGAGGAGGUGGAGAUGCAGGAGGGCAAAACAGGAAUAUCUUCCUGUAUGGAGCCAGAGGUGCCUGAUGUUAAACCACCAAGAACAGAUCAGGAGGUCAAGAAAUCCCCAAUGAGAGUACAGAAGAGCUGCAGUAGCCUGGUGCUAAAGUUGAAACGGGUACUAUUUAAAAGCAAACCUGGGAAGAGAGGCCAAAAGAAUUGCCCAGAGCCAGACUCUGGAGUAAAGGGGCAGCUUAGUUCAAGAGGAAAGGUGCAAGAACACCAGGAUCCUCCCAACCCAGAGGAACCUCGGGGGAAAGUCCAGCCUGACGUCCCCCAGCAGAAGAAACGAGCAGCUGGUGCCUCAGAAACUCUGCGGCCCACACGCAGCACCUCCAAGGUAUUGCGCCUUCGCAGCUCUGUGGUGCAAAUCAAAUUCCACCGUCUCUUGACAGUGCACCGUAACUCGCUACACCACAGUGCCCGCCGGAGGAGAGGAGUGCUGCGACCGGCGGUCCAGAGGGUCAGGCCAGCCACGGAAAUGAACUACCCUGCCCUGGUGGGCAAGCGGAUCCGACACCUCUAUGAAGAGAAAGACAAGUCUGAGGUUUGGUACCAUGGGGUAGUGGUGCGAGUGCACGAGGAGCACAGCAACCCCUUAAAGACAGUCUAUGAGGUGCAAUAUGACAGUGAGCCAGAGUGGCAGUACUAUUUGGAGCUCCUUCAGGAUUAUAAGAAGGGGUGGCUGAAAGUGGAGGACUAAAGGAUUAUUUGUGUGUAUUUUGUAUGUGUGUGUGUGUGUGUGAGUGAGUUAAGAGUUGGGACCCAACUUACCAUAUAUGUUGCAAAGUUCAGUUUAGGUUUUUUUUUUUUUUUUUUUAUCUGCAUGCUGUGUUUGCAAAGAUGCUUAUAGUGCUGUGAUUGCUUUGCUCUUGUGCAGCAGUGGAGGACCCAGGGGGUAGUAAAGACGGACAGAACUGAAGCAGUGGGAACUUAAGGCUCACACUGCUACACCAGCAAACCCACUGCACAAAAGCAAAGCAAUUCUGACACUCUAAGAAUUAAUUGUAGGGUAUUGGAAACAACUAAUGUGGGUUUGUGCAUUGGGAUACAGUCUUGUUUUUAAAUGUUUGCCUGUAGUGUACAGUAGGGGUGAAUCUAGUAAAGGAGAUGCUAAAAAUGUCAACUGGAGAAGUUCCCCAUAAUGGCCUUUUUUGCCCUUGAAACACCAUUACAAGAUUUCUUCAGAUUGGGUGUGUUGUAAUGUACAAAUCCGUUUCUAUGGGUCUAAAAAAAAAAAAAAAAAUCCUUUGAAUUGAUGGCUAUCACUGUCAUGGUUUUAAAUGCUUAUAAAGAGUAUGCAGGGUGUAGUACUGAAGAAAGAAAUGUCACUGUGACCUGAAAGUUUUGAAAAAUCAUUCCUCCACCAUGGAGGCAAAACAGAGCUUGGUGAUCCUUUCCCUUCUGAUCAGCGCCGAUAACAACUAGCAGUUUGGCUUGCAGUUGCUCUGGUUUUAACGGUGAGGCGCUGAAGAGCAGCUUUUCUGUUCUUUUUAGCAUAAGUUUAAAAAAAAAAAAAAAAAAAAAAAAACUUUAAUCCACCUGUUUAUAGUUAUUCAAUGUGUGUGUAGUUUUUUUAUUAUUAUUUUUUUUAUCAUUUAUUAUUAUUUGUUUAUUUAGCAGACGUCUUUAUCCAAGGCGCAUUACAGAGGUUAGGGUGUAUGAGCUAUGCAUCAGCUGCAGAGUCACUUGCGAUGACAUCUCAUCUGAAAGGGGACCUCCUGGUUACAAGCACUUUCCUUUAACCACCAGACCCCGCAGUCUUGUGAAGAAAGAAGCUUCUGCAGAUGUUUCUCCAAUCCUGACAUUAAAGAUUAUUGUUGUGCUGCUGUUUGCUAGACUGAAAUGUUGGUUUAUGAUUGACGACUGGUUUCACAGACUCCGAUAAGCAUUAGGGAAGGGCACGUGUACUUAUUUAUUCGAAGAAUUGAUUAGAAAAUUGUUAAUUGUUUAGAAAAUUACUGAUUGUAUAAUCUGUCUUGUAUUGCAACAAAUAUGUGUUCUGAACAAACCCAUGAUCUAUGCUAAGCCUGUCGCUGCACCACAAGUUAAUGUAAAUGCAUAUUACAUAAAUUAUCAUUUCUGUAAAUUCUCUAAAUUUAUCAACGUCCUGAUAGAUAAAGGCAUUCUUAGAAUUGCAGGGUGAUACCAAUACUGUAGCUAAUUAAUACAAGGGACUACAAAACAGGUGUUUUGUAAUGUAUUAUUGCAAGGCUCGAAGUUAGUGUAUUUGGUAACAUUUUGCUACCCAAAACUCUUAAUUUGCUACUAUUGUUUUUUAUUUAUUUAUUUUUUUAAAUGCAGUAGCAUUUUUCUGAUAUCUUACGCUGCAGUUUAUAUGACGACCCUUGGUGAACAUAAUUAUCUGUAUUAGUUUUAUUACUAUCUUGCUCAAUGUAGAUACAUGCAAGGCCCACAAUGCAAAUCAUAUUGUACAGUGGAGUACCAGAGCAACGUGUUUAGAAUUUCAAGGUAUGAAGUUUAUUUUAUAGACCAAGAGUACAAUUAAAUAACUGUUAAAAACAUUACGAUUUUAUAGAUAACGGACAGUGUGCAUAAAAUGCUAAUUUAAUCUGUCAUGGUGCCUCUGGUUUUGUUAGAAUGUUAACCCUGGCUUCACCCACGCUAAAAAUGAACACAUAAUAGGUAGAUAAUUUAUUACUUUAUCAAAAUUCUGACUACAAAUUAAAAACUAAACAAGCAUAAUUAGCAAGCUAUACCGUUACCAAGAUCCAAGCAAUGGCUUCCUUGUUUUAUCAGUACAAAGUAGACGAAAUACAAUCUUG